AUGCUCUAUCUGGCUCAUGCCCAGCAGCCGACUGCGGUACAUCGGACUCUCAAGUGUGACUUCCUGCCCGAUCAGAGCAACCAGACUACCGCCAGACAGGCCACUACACCGAACGCUAUCGAUGGAUCACCAGUCGACAGUGGAUGCCGCACCGGCUCGGACAGCACAGAGCCGGCUCAGAAUCUCAUAUUGAGCAAGCUCAACAGGAUCGAAGUGCACACCAUCGAGCCGACAGGACUACGACUUGCGCUUGAGAUCCCCCUCUUUGGCACUAUCCUCGACCUGCAGCCCAUCAGGUUCAAGGACCGAUCGACAAGCUCCUUGCUGCUUUUGACCACUUCGCUCCACUUCAGCGUGCUUACGUAUGAGCCCGAUUUUCUGACACCUGCAUCCGGUACGCGUUCGCUCGGCUGGUCGAAUGCCCGGGUACAGGACGAGGCAACGCUGUCUGUCUCCGAACGCGCCGGCAGACAAUCCGAAGAAGCUCAGACGAUCCUCGUCGAUCCUCACAACCGAUGCGUGCUCCUCCACAUCUACUGUGGCCUGAUACGUGUUCUGCCCAUCAAAUCAUCUGCUGGAGCUGCAAGCAAGCCAAGUCGCAGACGAUCUUCAGCCGCUGCCCCCGUCGGCGAAUUGUCAUCCUCUUUGAAGAAGUCAUCUGGCAAAGCACGCGCCUCUGCUGCUGCCUCGGCUGAGUCGGACGGAAUCGACGUGUUCCGAAGCUACAACAUACGUUUGCCAUAUCUCAAUGUCAAGCAUAUCGCUUUCUUGCCCCUGCCCGAAUCCUCGCUGCCGACAAUUGCGUUGCUCCACACGAAUUUUCUAGGACAGAACGUGCUGUCGAUUCAUGCUAUCUCCCUCAAGGAUAAAGAGCUCGUCAAUUCGGCCAAGCCAGACUUCGAACUCGUGCUCGACGACGAGACGGUCGAUCUCUUUAUUCCUCUCGAGCGAAAUCUGGCGACUGGCCAGCCGCUCGGUCUAUUGCUCGUGGGCAGCGGUCAGAUCAAUUGGCUUCCUCUUCCUCUGCUUGAUACCAUAGCGAGUCCUCCGAUCUCACCGACAACAGCAAGAAGAGCUUCGAUCUCGUCUGUUUCCACAAACGCUUCCGGUCGGCGCUCUGCACCACCAUCUCCCACGAAUACGCGAAAAUCGAAGGGCAAAGAAAGAGCGUCCGAUCGACGCGUGACGUCCAAAGUGCCUGUCGGCAUAUACAGAACAUACUGCGCCAUUGAUCACGACCCGAGCUUGUUGCUCGUUGGCGAUGAGGAAGGAUAUCUUGUAUCUGUCCGCAUCGGGCUACAGGGCGAGCGGGUGACAAGUCUAGACGUGGUCGAUCUCGGCAAAGUACCAAGCCCGACAAGCUUGACCCACAUUGCAGACGAAUACGUCUUUGUCGGCUCGUACUACGGUGAUUCGAGCCUCGUGGCAAUACCAGCCCUCACGAGCGAUGGCAUGGAAUGCGACAGUGUCUCAGUCAUAUCUGCCAUGGCCAAUCUUGCCCCGAUUGUCGACUUUUGCGUCGUGACGGACGAUGUAGGCCAAUCUCAUCUUGUCACCUGCUCGGGCGCCAAGAACAGCGGCAGCUUGCGACUCGUACGGCAGGGCGUCGGCCUCUCCAUUCUAGCUACGAUCGACUUGCCUGCAGUGCAGAAUGCCUGGCCGCUCAAACUCGCCUCUUCGUCCAUCAAGCACGAUGCCAUUCUGGUCUCGUUUCUCGACCGAUCGCAGCUUCUCAGCCUAUGCAAUGGGAACCUAAGUGAGCUUGCCUCGCCUGCUCUGACAGAGCCUACCCUGUAUGCAGGUACCUUGGGCGAUGCCGGUGCCCAAGUGGCUAUCUGCGCGACAGCCAAGGCGAUAUUGCGCUUGUCCAUCGAAAAGCCAUCGGAGCUGUGGACAUCGCCUACGGGAGAUCUGAUCACCGCCGCCAGUAGCGAUGGCUCCUCGCUUCUUCUUGCUACAUCGUCAAAGGCACUGGUGCUCAUGACGCUCUCGCCGAAUGGCAUUGCUCUGACCACGACGAAACAAACAAUCUCCGAAGUAUCUUGCUUGGCUGCUUGGACGACCACGACAGGCUCGCAAAUAGCGGCAGUAGCUUCCUGGUCGACCAAUGCCAUUUUGCUCUAUUCUUUACCCCACCUCGAGCCGGUCACGGGCGCCGAGCUCAGCUUCGACCACUUGCCACAGUCUAUGCUCUUUCAGAAGUUUGAAGACGAUGCUGUGCACCUGUUCGUCGGUCUGGGUAGCGGUGAUCUGAUCAGCUUCGGUAUCGACGCAGCUUCAGGGGCCGUAUUGCCUUUAUCGAGGAAGAGUGUCACUCUGGGAAAGAAGCCGGUGCUGCUCUCACAGUGCUCUGCUGCCGGUCAACCUGCCGUCUUUGCAGUGACAGACAGGCCGACUGUCGUUAGCCGGAGUGCAGGCAGGCUGUCGUAUGCCUCGGAUAACCGGAGAACGCUCGUGGCAAUCAACCAGAUCGAUGCGCUCAGGUUCGAACAAAGCUUGAUGCUCGUAUCGCCGGAAGGCAUACAAUUCGCUCGUGCAGAUGGUAACGAAUCACUGCAUGUAAGGAGCUUGAGCCUGGGCGAACUACAGCCGCGCAAGAUCGCUCACUCGGCCGAGCUACGCGCGUAUGCUGUGCUCUGUCUACAAGAGACGAUAGAUCGCUCUACCGGUCAUUUGACUCGUGCCGGUAGUGUCCAAUUCGUCGAUGCGUCGGACUUUGCUUUGCUGGAUUCCUUCGACUUGCAGUCGGACGAACACGGCACAGCACUAGAAACGGUCUCGCUGCAUGGUGCCGCUCACUUUGCGGUUGGCACAGCUUUCAGCGAUCGAACGGUUGAUGCUCGUGAGCCCAAGAAGGGCAGAGUGCUCACUUUCAUGCGAGAUGGCGACAAGUUCGAGCAGCAUGUGCAUGCUGUCCUCGAAGGCGGCGUGUUUGGCCUAUGCCAGCUCCCCAACAGCUUCCUGGCAGCCAUUGCCAAUGCGCAAGUGAAAGUUUUCCAUGUCACCGAGCAAGCGCAUAUCGACCAGAUGACGUGUUGGGCUGGCACCUUCCUGGCGCAAUCCAUCUCGUCGCGUGAUAGCCAGAUCAUCGUCGGCGAUCUGUAUCGCUCUGUCGUCUUGCUACAGUGGGAUGAGGCCAAGGAUACGCUGUCGGAGGUCGCUCGAGAGCAUCAUGUCAAUGGCAUGAGCGCAGUCGAGUUCCUUGGUUUCACAGACGAUAGAUACAUCGGCACAGAGCAAGAGCUCAAUAUCUUCACUCUCACCAAGACAAAGACACGCGAGCGCAUCGAUAUACUCGAAACCGAGGGCAUGUUCCAUAUAGGCGAAUACGUCACCCGCAUCCGCAAAGGCGCAUUGGUGCCUGGCUAUACUGAUACUUCUUUCGGCGCGGCGCCACAACUUCUGUUCGGCACUUCAGAUGGCAGUCUCGGGGUCAUCGUCAAUUGCACGCCCGAAGUUUCGCUGAAGUUGUUCGCACUCGAGCGCAAUAUGCGUGCAGUCAUUCGUGCAUUCGGAGGACUCGAACAAGUCGACUGGAGAGCCUUCAGAGCGCCACACCGAGUCCACGAGCCUGUCGGCUUUGUAGAUGGCGACAUGAUCGGCCGAUUCGCGGAGCUCAACGAGACGCAAGUCAACCAGGUCCUGCAAGGCGCAUCGGAGCACUCCGCUCUGACGAAUACGACUGCCGAAGAUCUCUAUCGGCUGGUGGACGAGCUUCAGAGGAUGCACUGA